AUGGUCCAAAGCCCUGCUAUCACCCGAGACGGACAGGGUAUUGUGACUGCAAUGGCAGAAAAAGACACUGAAGAAAAACACCACUUUGAGGAUGAGCAAGGAAAGACAGACAAAGAACGCGAAACCAAAGAAGCGGACGAAAGAAAUGAGCCACCGGCACCACAGCAUUCCGUACUUAGCAAAUAUGAAAAAGUCUACAUUAUAUUCAUGGCAGCUUUGGCGGGCUUCUUUUCUCCCAUUUCCAGUCAGAUUUACUUUCCCGCUCUCCCGACUCUUGCGCAGUACUAUGGCAAAACCACGACUUUGAUAAACCUGACAGUCACCACAUACAUGAUUAUCCAGGGAAUUGCGCCGGCUUUCGUGGGAAAUUUCGCUGAUAUCAGUGGUCGUCGACCAGCUUAUAUCCUGGCUUUCACCAUCUACACUGCAGCAAACAUUGGUCUAGCCGUCCAUGACAGCUAUGGGGCUUUGCUGGGUCUGCGAUGUCUCCAAAGUGCCGGAAGCAGUGCCACCAGUUCUAUUGGAUAUGCAGUUGCCGCUGAUAUUGCUAGUCCUGCCGAGCGGGGCAAGUAUAUAGGGCCGAUGACUGCUGGGUCUAUGGCUGCGCUCUCUUUGGGUCCUGUGAUUGGAGGCUUGCUGGUUCGGUAUCUGGGAUGGAGAAGCAUCUUCUGGUUCCUGGUAAUUAUCAGCGGUGCCUUCCUGGUGGUAUACACUAUCACGGUCCGGGAGACUGCCAGAAAGGUUGUUGGAAAUGGGAGUAUUGUCCCGGCCGAAUUGUGGAGACUGUCUGUAUUCCAGUGCCUUUCUCCUACUCGAUACCGCCGUACAAAGACACAGGACACAUCACAGCCACAAAGGUCAAAACUGUCAUAUAUCAAUCCGUUGAAGUCAUUCGUGGUCUUUGCGGAUAAGGCUGGCUUAAUCAACCUCUGCCUCAUCGGCAUAGCAUAUCUCUCCUGCAUCGCCGUUAUGACGAACACCGCAAACAUGUUUGGUGAUCUUUACAACCUUGACUCUCUCAAGAUAGGUUUAUGUUUUCUGCCGUUUGGAAUGACCGGUUGCAUUGGCUCUCUUGCAGCAGGGAAAAUGGUCGACAUGAACUAUCGCCGUAUGGCCCGCAAGUAUAAUUUUCCCCUGGACCAUCAGAGCAAUCGAGGGUCAGACGCAUUCCCCUUCGAGAAGGCCCGUCUACAGAUCGCAAUCCCCGUGGUCAUCAUCACCGGUCUCACCCUGAUCCCGUAUGGCUGGGUUCUGCAGCAACGUGUCCAUCUUGUCGCCCCCCUGGUAUUACAGGGUAUUCUCGGAUUUUGUGUAACGGCAACUGUCAAUGUCCUGAUGACACUCCUGGUUGACCUGUUCCCGCAAACGCCGGCGAGUGCUUCCGCGGCGGCAAAUCUGGUUCGGUGCUGGCUUGGGGCUGUAACGGCUGCGGUUAUUGAGUACAUGAUUACUGGGAUGGGAUUGGGAUGGUGUUUCGCCUUUUUUGGGUUUGUGACACUUGCGAGCUUACCGUUUCUUUGGAUUGAGUAUACGCAUGGGAUGAAAUGGCGCAGAUCUAAGCAGGAGCGGGAGCGGUGUUAG